AUGCGCAUCUUACCAGUGAGAAAAGAUGUGUCGACAUCGCCGAUCGUAUUGCUUCUUAUUGUUCUAUUCGCUUUUGAAGGUGAGUUGCAUAAUCGAAAUAUAUAGCAUUAGCAAUCUGACAAGUAAAUUUUCAGAUGUUCAAUGCGAUGCUAAUGCCCCACCACCACCACCACCACCACCUGCACCAGGGAAAUUAACCGCUAUCGCUUUGCCCGUUGAUGUUGGCGAAUGGAAUGAUUUCGAUAAGGUCAAAAACUCCUUCGGUACAUUUCCGGAAGCAUUCGCUAAAUGUGGAAAAUCGCAAACCAUUACUUUGAAUGACAAAUUCCAACAAGCAGGCAAAGGAAAUAUUGCGAUUCAAGUAACAUGCGAACCUGGGCCCGGUUAUAUUAUUCAAUCUAAAGAUACAGAAGAAUUGGAUAAUUUGGAUGAUAAAAGUUUGUUGAAGCAAUGUGAAGGAUUAUUGGCGUGCAGUUUGGAUGAUUAUUCGGAGGGUGCUGAUUCGGUCGAUAAGGUUUAUGAUCCAGACACCAAGGAACAAGUAUCAUAUAAAUUGCCAAAACGUCCAAAUUCGGUGUGUAAUAAAAAGAAAUUGGCCAAGAAAGGGGUAAGUGAAGUUUUUUUUUAAACAGCCACAAAAUGCAUUAGAUUUAGUUUUUCAUAUUUGAAGCUAAAUUGAAAUAAGUGAAGUUCUCGAAAGAAUCGGUUAUUCAGUUAGGCCUCGUCUUAUUUUAAAAAACGGACUUUUCGGUUAAUUGACAAAUUUGUGCCACGUGGCUCUGAAUGAUUUCGAUUUUUUUCGAGAACUGUACAAAAACCCUUGUAGUUUGCACAUUCAUAUUUUUUGCAGAACAUCAUUAUUGCCAAUGAGAAAAAUUGUAUGGACAGUGGGAAACACGCUGCUUUGCUCAACAAGUUGAAAGGAGACGCCAGUGAUUCACCAUGGGUUAUUUAUCCACGUUGGCUUAAAAUCGUUGGAGACACAAAACAAUUCAAUUUGGGACAUCGUCGCAUUGUUCGCACUCCAGUCAAAGCUUUUGAUCAAAAAUUGGUUGUCGGUUUUGAAAACAUAGUGAAGACUGACAAUUUCAAAUGGUUCGAAUGUGAUACCACUUGUAACAAGGGACGAAUGAUCAAAUUGAAAUUUAAUCGUGGAAAAUGGAGAGCUAUGGUUUAUGUUACCGAUAAAUGUCCAGCGUAAGUUUUUCAGUAAGAAUUGUUGAAAAACUGAAUUGAAAAGAUGACAUUUUGAGUGCCUGAAACGGACAAUUGAAAAAAGUCUCCGAACUGUUUUUUUUUUUCAUUUAAAAAUUUACAUAAUUGAAAAUAAUUUUGGAGUUAAAGACAGCUUAUCAGUCGGGGUUUCAACUGAUUAGCUGCAUUGUUUUUUCACAAUAAUUGUCUUGAAAUUAUAAUAUACUUUUUCCAGUUUCCGAAUUUGCGUCUCUCCAGAAAACUACGAGGAUCCAAAUAAACUGCCAACAUGUGAUCCACAAAAUCAUUGGACAAUCUUGGUUCGUGGUGGUGCUGUUGUUUGGCCGGAUUCUCUUGGCGGUGCUGCCAUCCUAUUCUCUCCUGAAAAGGCUCAAAAGGGUGAUGUUGUGCCGAUCGAAAUUGGAUUCGGUGUAGAUGUGGGAGGUGUUGUACAACCCGAGUUGUUUGUUGGAAAUGUAUAUCGCGAAUAUGUGAUGACUGAUUCGAAGGGUUUCAAAAAAAUUGAACAUAUCGUUAUGCAUUUUCCAUCUGAUAAUUGUUUGGUGCAAAAUGCCGGUGUCGUUUCGCAACAAAUUCUUUCGGGUUCAACGUAUAUGGCAGCUAGUACUAAUGAUGUGGAAAAAGGAAUUGCGAAUGGUGCAGGUGAAAUUGUAAACGUUACGGAUGGACAACAUGUGCCGUUGAAACCUACGGUUCCUCCAGUUAUUGAGGGUGUUGCGAUCACAACAACUGUACCACCUCCAUCAGGAGUACCUUCGAAUGGUAUAAGUGCGAGAUUUACCUUGGAUGCGGCAGCACAAAGUGACACAAAAGACACAGGUCAUUAUAUUGAAGGAAGAUGGUGGGUUUGGGGCUUCUAUCUUGGAAUGUUGAUUGGAACUGUUGCUAUCACUUUGCCUGGAUCUGCAUUGUUUUAUGUUUUGCGUCGCACAAUGUUUGCCAGUUGGUAUCGUGGAAUGUACAAACGUUAUGGAUGUGAUGCAUCUGGAACCACUGGCGGUAUCACUGGUGUUGGUUUUAGCGACACAACAACUGGAGCGAUAACUGUUGGCGGAACAACUGGUGGAGGAACGACUGGCGGCGGAUCGACAACAACUGGAGGAGGUGGAACCACGGCUGGUGGUGAUACAACUGGAACCAAUACAUUGGCAUUGUAA